ACCAUAACAACACAAAUUGCCGCGAAAACUUCUGGAUAGCGCUGGAAAAUUCCUAGCAAUACUUUUUCUUAAAGAAAAAGCUUCUAAACAAAUUUAUAAUGUUCUGCGAAAAGUCAGUGGAGCUCAUUAGAGAGCUUCAUCGGAUGGGCGACGGCCAGCUGCCUGCUUUUAAUGAAGACGGUAUUCGGCAGGUUCUGGAGGAAAUGAAGGCUCUGUACGAGCAGAAUCAGACUGAUGUGAACGAGGCAAAGACAGAGGGCAAGAGUGAACUGAUUCCAUCCAUCAAGUUUCGCCACAGCUGCCUGUUGAGGAACCAGCGCUGUAUCGCCGCAUAUCUAUACGAUCGCCUCUUGCGAAUCCGUGCCCUCAGAUGGGAAUAUGGCAGUGUGUUGCCCACCAACAUUAGAUUUCAUAUGUGUGCUGAAGAGAUGGAGUGGUUCAAUCAGUACAAAAAGUCCUUGGCAACUUAUAUGAGGUCAAUCGGUGGAGAAGAAGGCUUAGACAUCACACAGGAUAUGAAGCCCCCGAAGAGUUUAUACAUUGAGGUGCGCUGUCUUAAAGACCAUGGGGAAUUUGAAAUAGACGAUGGCACUGUGAUUCUGUUGAAGAAAAACAGCCAGCACUUCUUACCCAGAUGGAAAUGUGAGCAGCUGAUUCGACAGGGUGUAUUAGAGCAUGUCAUCUCCUAACUAUGAGCAGCUGUACUGUGGAUACUUUAACUUAAAUUGAGUCAACAUUUCGUUGAUCUGGUUGUCCAAUCAGAAAGCAGCAUGUGUUCACAGGUAAAACUUUACUUGGUCACAUUCUUUACAAUGGAAAAAACAAAUACAUGAUGCAUUUACAACA